AUUGACGUUUGAGCAGUUUAAACAUUGAAUUCGUUAUGCUGCUCGCAUGAACGUCGUGGAAACGACACACUUGAAGACAUCACAUAGCUCACAGUAGUCAGCUGUGGAAAUGAGCAGCAGUAAUAUGUGAGAGACUUGUUACUCUUUUGCCACAGUCCACAGACUACAAGUGCCUUUAGACACUCAUACAGCCACUACAACAGUGUUGCCCAAUCUUCUUCCUGUGUGUGAAAGCUCAGAGACGGUUGGUUACGUCCGGUUCAAAACUCUGUUUACAUUUGCCUGAAGCCUCGGCUGGUGGUAUAAGAGGCCAGCAGUCAUCUCUGCACUGAUUCAUUGUUAUUAAUGCCCAGCUGUAGUCUUAAUUUUAGAAAGUAUACAGAGACAAAAUGCCACAGGUCUGCAGUACACAACUACACACAGAGAGGAAAUAAAAGCAAUGGACAAUAGUGGAAGUGGAAACACAUACAGUGUGCGGCAUCACCCUCCCUCUCCCUCCUAAGAAGCUCAUUGGAAACAUGGACCGGGAGUUCAUUGCAGAAAGGCAGAGAGGACUGCAAACUUAUCUGGACACAAUUACCCAGCAUCCUCUGCUUUGCAGCUCCCUCCCAGUCAAGAAGUUUCUGGACCCCAACAACUACUCUGCCAACUACACAGAAAUUGCCCUGCAGCAGGUCUCCAUGUUCUUCAGGUCAGACCCAAAGUGGGAGGUCCUGGAGCCUCUCAGAGACAUGGGCUGGAGGAUCAGAAAGAAAUAUUUUUUAGUCAAAAACAAAGAGCAGACCAAAGAGAGGUACCUGCUGAGCUGGGUGGACCUGGGUCCUGAUAAGUUCCUGUCAGACAAAGACCUGCAGUCAGCCAUAAAGCUGUUGACCAGCCUGUCUAUCCCAUAUCUCUGUCCACUGUUGUUCUCUAGCACCAGUGAGUCUUCAGCGCUGCUCAUCCGGCCAUUCAGUGAGAAGGGCUCUCUGAGAGACCACAUCUGUAAGGUGAAGCCCAGGGAGAGUUACCUGAAGAAGUACUGCAAUCCAAAGAAGAGUCAGGGCCUCGAGCUCCCACACAUAAAGCUGUACGGCCGACAGAUUUUGGAGGGACUAAAGCUCCUCCAUGACGCUGGUAUAUUUUUUGGUCACCUGCACACGUCUAACGUUCUUGUCGAUGACGGCGUGUGUCGACUGAUGGACGUGGAGAACGGCAUGCUGGGAGUUCCCUCUGCACUGCGACCUGCCUUCACCCAGUUCAGGAAAAUUAACACCACAGAGAGCAUUGAUGUCUUCUGCUUUGGACAUUUACUGUACGAGAUGACGUACGGCCGACCGCCAGACAGCGUGCCCAUCGAGCAGUACCCCCCUGCCCCCUCCACAGCUGUGGUGUCGGUGCUGCAGUCCAUUCUGUCCACAGAAGCCUGUAAAAGCGGGAUGCCAACAGUGUCGGCACUCAUGCAGACGCCGCUUUUCAGCGACGUCCAGCUUCAACGUUCAGAAAAGCUCCAGAUUAAGGUCCCCGGCAGGCUGAAGGAAGCACUGAAAGCAGCAAAGGAGAGCCUGGAGAAAAGGCUGCUAGAGGAGCAGAGACUGCUGCACCAACACAGGAGGUUGACCAGAGCUCAGUCUCACCACUGCUCAGAGGAGGAGAAGAAGAAGAGAAAGAUCCUGGCGAGGAAGAAGUCCAGACAUUCAGCUUAUGAAAAUGAAGAUGAUGUCUCGGUCCGAAACAACAAUAACUCUGGUUCUGGAGCUAGUUCCCCGCCCACAUGCCCCUCCUCCCCCACUCCCCCAUCGACCACAGGAUCCCACACUGCUCCUGCCCCUCCACCUCCUCCACCGCCACCUCCUCCCCCCUUACAGGACUCAUCCUCCUGUCCUCCUCCUCCUCUGUCCUCCUCUAAUGGAGCGGGAGGAGGCCGUGCCGCCUUGCUGAGCUCCAUCCAGGCCUUCAGUAAGGGCAAACUGAAGAAAGCCGAUACCAUCGACCGCAGCAAACCCAUCGUGUGACCACGUCCACUGACACAAUCUGUCCUCAAUAUGGCAACAUGACCGACACACCAGUUCUGCACUUUGGUGAAGGCCCUCCCCCAAGAUGUGAAAAAAUCACUAACAAAAGAUCCAAGUACAAUUUUUGUUUUUAUUGCUGUUUCUGCUUUUUUCCCCCCUCCUGCUUUUUUUAACUUUUAAUGUAUUGCUGUGGUUGGAGAGACUCGAGGACAGGUGGGGUAAAAUGGCGACCCCUAUUUGCCCUUUGAAACAUGCUGGACAAUCUUAGGCACCUUAAGGUUUUGUCUUUUCUGGUUACUUUGUCCUUAAAAGACAGACAACGGAUAAAAACCGGGAAACUGAAUCGGGUGAGCUUUUCUUCUGGCUGAUCUGCGGACAGCCAGCUGGCUUAAUUUUUGUUCUUUGUGCUUGUAAAAGUAGCACUUAAAAAUGUGUGAGAAGAAAUUGUGGAGCAACCAUGGAUUCCUGCCCCCUGCUCGAUGGUGAAGUUGCAUUUUGUGGAUAUAGGACUCUUAUUUUCAGUACUUCGAUGGUGUGAGAGUGCUUCACCAGUCCCGAGUAUGGAGUAGACCAAACUUUCCUUUUAAAUCAUCUCUGACUUUUUAACAUGUAGCCCACAGGCUCCGCUGAGCGAGUUUCCUCACAACUGAGCUGCAAAACACACCUACAGGUCGUCUCUGUCUGUAAUUAACUCAUCGUCAUGCCGUGUAUUGAAUUAAAACAAAAUACCAAUGCAGUGCAUUGUGUUCAAGAAAAAGUCAA